CAAAAAUCCAAAGUUCAAUUAAGCAUUGACAAGUAAAACCGUUACUUCACACAAGUUCGACACAAUGAAGCUCUUCUACUUCCUUCCAUUUCUGGCUUUGUUCGAGAGAGGUGCUACUCAAGGCACUAUAGCGCAGAACUACAUUUACUCGGUGUCUGAAAUUAUAGCAGCCUUAAGGGAAAGUGGAGAGGACAUGUUUCGGGCUGAUUAUUUCUUCAAGGUCGUAGAAAACCUAAUUACGGGUGUGCCAUUUCAGAUAGCGUCGGGGAUAUUAAAUUCAGUUUGCGCAACGGUGCUAGCGCAGGGUAGAGAUCAAACACCCGAUCAAUAUGUACCGAGAAGAGAAGACAUUAAACUACAGCUACGCACCUCUUGUGGAGGACGUGAAUAUGCCAUCGAUAAUAUCUUGGAGAUAGCUGAAGAUCCUGAUUUUGAUCCCGAAAAGAAAACAGUAAUUUUUUCAAACGGUUUCUUAUCAACAUUGGACUUUCCUGCGACCCCGGAUUUGGCCAAGGCAUUUAGUUGUCGCGGUGAUACUAAUUUUCUGGUGCUAGACUCCAGUGGAUAUUUGACAACGCUUUAUGUUUGGGCCGCACAAAACACUGUUACAAUAGGUGAAUAUCUCGCUGAGGGCAUACAAAGUCUGAGCCAGAUUAUAGACAUCGAAAAACUGCACAUAAUCGGCCACAGUUUGGGCGCACAAAUAAUGGCCGCUGCCGCCCGGCAUUACACUGAUCUCACAGACAAUCAACUACCACAUGUGACGGGUCUGGAUCCCGCCUAUCCUUGUUUUAAUGAGAGCGAGGUGCUCACCAUUCUCUCAGCCAGUGAUGCCGAGUUUGUUGAUAACAUAAUCACGGCUCCCGGUAUUACGGGACAAUUUUCUGCCAGCGGUGAUGCCACCUUCUAUGUGGGUGGCUUGUUUCCCGUCCAAGAUCCGUGCAUAGGCCCACUUUGUUCUCAUCUCAUCGCUAUUUACUACUACAUAGAAUCGGUCUAUCCAAAUAAUGAGCGCAAUUUUCUAGCAAGGCGUUGCAGUUCACUGUAUAGACUAAAGGCGGGUAGGUGUAACGGUGAUGAAUAUCCAAUGGGCCUAGCAGUACCACACGACUUAAAGGGUAGGUAUAUCCUGGAGGUGAAUGAGGAGAGACCGUAUGGCAAAAAUGCAACUGAGGACUAUAUGGAUCCGGAAACCACUACUUGUGGCCUUUGCGAGGUCUCGGAAGAAGACAGUAUUUGAAUUUACCUUAUAUUAUUUCAAUAAUCAAUAUAACUAUUCUUCUUUAUUCCUAUAAAUGAAUUAUAUAAUGAAGUAACAUAAGUAUAGGUAUAUUGGUUAUUAAGGAUUAUAGUACUUUCAUAAUCAAUUUAUCUAUACUUGUGUUAAUCAACUCUAUAAAUUAAAUAUCUAAUCAAAUAUACUAUAUAAAGGAAUAUCUAUAUAUAAAUAUUCUACUCGUCAAUAAAAUUCCAUUUUAGUAAU